ACUGGCAGUUGUGGGGUUGUCAUCCACGGGGCUAUCACACAAACGGCAUUAUGUUACAGAGCACAACAUGUUUACCACGAUCGAGCAUUGCUUCAACACGAGUGUCACGUUUCUAACAGCGCCCUGUCACUAACGGCGGUGAUGUCUCUGCCUCCAGAGAAAGCUUCCGAGCUGAAGCAGAUUAUUCACGACCAUCUGCUCAAGAUGGACAUCCACGGGAGGAUCCGAGAGGUGCUGGCCGAGACUGUGAGGAACGACCAGGGGGGGGCACAUCGAGCCCUGUCUGAGACGGAUUUCCUCCACGCUCUGCAGCGCCGGGGCAUCAUAGAGGAUGUGAUGAAGGACCUACACUUUACGCAGGAAGGCCCAACCGAUGCAGAAACGGGCUCCCCUCCAAAGCCUGCUACUCACUUUGUGGACAAGAAUAUUACUCUGCUGCAAAAAACUGAUAUUGACCCGUCCAGACGGCACUUAUAUGUCCAAGUGCUUGGAGGAAAGGCCUUUCUGGAGCACCUCCAGGAGCCAGAGCCUUUACCUGGUCAGGUGUGCUCUACGUUGACGCUCUACCUGCACUUCCGCAACCAGAGGUUCCGCUCAAAGCCGGUGCCCUGCGCCUGCGAACCUGACCUGAAGGAGGGUUUCCUCCUCGAGGUCUACAGAGACGGCACAGGCGGGUGCGGCAAAAUGGCAGACGCAACCGCCAUGCUGUCCCUGUGUGACCCGGUUCACUUGGUGCUGAUCAGGACAGACACCUCCGGCGAGACGGCGCUGGUCUCGUCCUACUUCUUGGACUGGAGGGCGGUCCUCGGCUCGCCCAGCGGGAAGACCUGCUUUGCCGUGGAGCUGAUGGGAGUUGGAAGUGAAUGUAAAGUCCCGGCUGGUGUCCUGACCGUCAGUCUGGAGCUCUUCCCUCCUCUCACAGAGACUCUGAGCGCCGCCGUCGUCAGCACACAGCAAUCGCUGGAGAGGCAGAGGACGGCAGAGAAGGAGAGGCUCUUCCUGGUGUAUGCCAAACAGUGGUGGAGGGAGUUCCUUGAGAUACGUCCAUCCAACCAAUCCAAAAUGGUCAAGAUCUUUGCCCAGGACGAGAACGGCGUGAACAGGCCGACGUGUGCGUACGUGCGUGUCCUGCGGGCGGGGCGGCUGCUGGAGAGCCCCCGACAGGCGGCCCGCUUCGUCAGCCUGCUGGCCCACGAGAAGGCCCCGGUGGUGGGAGGAGGAGGCAAGCAGGAGCAGUGGUGCACUUUAAUGGCUUUCCUGUGUAGAGGGAAGGGGGACUGCGAGGACCACGCCGCCCUGCUGUGCAGCCUGCUGCUGGGCUUCGGCCUGGAUGCCUACGUGUGCGUGGGCACCAAAGCCAAGGGAGCGCCGCACACCUGGGUCCUGACCCGCGGCACCGAUGGGAGCAUCACCUUCUGGGAGAGUCUGACGGCACACAGAUACCUGCACCGGGCCAUAGACCCGGACGCCCCCCCCCUGGCCCCCCAGCCCAAACCCUCCUCCCCCUACCGCACUGUGGGCUGCGUCUUCAACCAGCAGAGCUUCCUGGCCAACGGGCAGCCCUCCGACGCUGUGGAGCUUUGCGUCUUUGACUUCCAGAAUCAGUCUCGGUGGAAAGCGAUGAGCGAAGAGGCUCUGAAGUCCGUUUGUGCCCCGGGCUCCACUGCCUCUCUGCCCCCUCUGCCUCCACUCUGUGCCCCGUCUCUGGAUCCAGCUGCUGCCAGCAACCAGCUGGAGCUGGAGAUGCGCUUCCUGGUUUCCGAGCACAGGAAGGACCUGGAACUGGCGACCGUGUGGGACGACCACCUGUCCUACCUGCUCUCCUCGGCGCUGUCGGCCUACGAGCUGGAGCGCUGCACCGGCGUCUCCUGCGGCAACGAGGAGUUCCAGGACGCGGUGAGGAGGGCGGUGCCGGACGGGCACACCUUCAAAGGCUUCCCCAUCCACUUCUUGCACCGCAAUGCGCGCAGAGCCUUUGCCACCUGCCUCAGAUCUGUGUUCUGUGAGGAGAUAGUGUGUUGCCGUGGCGACCACGUGAGGCUCGCGGUCCGCGUCCGCGUGUUUGCCUACCCGGAGAACGCCUGUGCCGUGUGGCUCAUGUUUGCAUGUAAAUACCGCUCUGUGCUCUGACCGUCGCGCCGACGGUGUGGCACAGUGACCCGGACAGGAAGGAGGCCACAGGCCUGGUUCUGGAGCAGCCGGCCCACGAUGAGUUGAAAUACAAAUGGACUCGGUGCCUUCUGCUCAUGUUUGUGGCGUUUGUCUCUCCAUUUGUACAGACAUUUACACAUCAUUUUAUUUAUUUAUCUAUUUUUGUAAAUAAAGGGAACCUUUUUUUAAU